UGUGAAUAUAAAUAUUGUAAAAUGUCAGAUCCAAGAAAAGAGUCAUUGGUUGUAAGCAACUUCGAAAUGAGAAUUAAUACCGCAGAUUCUAAAGAAGAACUUGAAUAUUGGUCACUUUUUUGUUUUGUUUUUGCUUUUACAGGAAUCAUUUUUAAAUAUAAGGUGUGUUUAUGGACUUCAGUUGUUUGUUGUGUUGCAUAUUUAGCAAAUUUAAAAUCAAAAGAUAUUGGUGCAAGACAAAUUGUUUCAUCUGUUAGUUUAAGUUUAAUGGGUCUUGUAAUGGCAUACUUUGGACCAAAUGCAAAUUUAUUUGUUUAGUAAAAUAAUAAUAAUAAUAAUAAUAAUAACAAUAAUAACAAUAAUAAAAUAUAAAUAUAGAAAUUCAAAAAUAAAAUGUAAAAAAAAAAGUUAAAAAAAUAAAUAGAAAAAAAAAAUAAAAAAAGAUAUGAAAAUAUUUUCAGAUUAUC